UUCACAUUCUCUCAUCACUCCCUCUUUCUCUUCCUUUCUUCUUAUAAAGGAAGUCCCAGACCCUUUUUAAAAACAUUAUUGAUAUACAGAUCUAGCUAAUAUCAUCACCCCCAACCAACAAAGCCAAUACCAAAAAAAAAAAAAUGGAUCUCCAUAGCUUAUUGAGUUUGGCUCUGUUGAUAUUAUAUGCCUCCAUCAUCAUCGAGCCUUAUCGAGCAUUCGGCUUGAGCCAGGGUUCUUUCGGCCUAGAAGGCGGUGCUGGCAUAUGCUCGGCGGUGACGGUGCAUGGUUACAGAUGCCAAGAGUUCCACGUGAGAACAGAUGAUGGGUAUAUAUUAAGCGUGCAGAGAAUUCCUCAAGGUCGUCUAGGAAGUGGUGGUGGUGGUGGCGGUGGGAAGACCAAGCAGCCAGUCUUAUUGCAACAUGGGGUUCUCGUGGAUGGAAUGACAUGGGUCUUAAAUUCUCCAGAUGAAUCGUUAGCAUUCAUCUUGGCUGAUAGUGGUUUCGAUGUGUGGAUCUCUAAUACCAGAGGGACCAAGUUCAGUCGUCGACAUUUGACCCUUGAUGCUACCAACCCUGAAUUCUGGAACUGGACGUGGGAUGAUCUAGUAACACAUGACUUACCAGUUGUUAUUGAUUUUGUGUUCAAACAAACGGGGCAAAAGAUUGAUUAUGUUGGCCACUCCAUGGGAACUUUGGUAGCUUUGGCAUCUUUUUCAGAAGGGCGACAAAUAAACAAGGUGAAAUCAGCGGCGUUGCUAAGUCCUAUCGCUUACUUGAGCCAUAUGACCACUGCACUCGGCAAUGUUGCAGCCAAAGCAUUUGUUGGGGAGAUCACGACGCUGUUUGGCCUUGCAGAAUUCAAUCCAAAAGGUGAGCCGGUAAUGAACUUCCUGAAGGCUUUGUGUGCUCAACCGGGCGUGAACUGUUAUGACUUACUAACUGCAAUUACAGGGAAAAAUUGUUGUCUUAAUGCCUCGACAGUUGAGCUCUUCUUGAAGCAUGAGCCUCAAUCUACAGCAACUAAAAACCUGGUGCAUCUGGCUCAAACUGUUAGAGAUGGAACAUUGUCCAAAUACGACUACGGGAAUCUCUUCUACAAUGUGAAGCAUUACGGUGAGUUGAGACCGCCUAUGUAUAAUCUCAGCAACAUUCCUCACAACCUUCCUCUCUUUCUCAGCUAUGGAGGUCAAGAUGCACUUUCUGAUGUUAGAGAUGUGGAGACUUUGCUUGACAGCCUAAAGUUACACGAUCCGGACAAGCUAAGUGUUCAGUACAUCAAAGACUAUGCUCAUGCUGAUUUCAUAAUCGGGGUUACUGCCAAGGAUAUUGUCUAUAAUCAAAUUAUCUCAUUUUUUAGACAUCAGCUGUAAUUCAUAAGAAAAGACUGCCCAGUGCAAGAGGUUUCAUGUGAGGAGUCAGGACUCAUUUGAUUGGAGAGUUACUCUGUUUAGGACAGAUAAUUUUAAUUUUUGUCACCUUUGAGAAUAAACUCUUUAGGGCUUGUUUGA